AUGCGGGAUCAACAGCGAUUAUACAAACUUAUGGGGAAAUAUAUGCACGAUGAUCCGAAGAAGAGGCAAAGGCAGCGUGGUCCAAUCAAGCAACCUUUGGAGAGGCAUAUUUAUUCUGUAGAUGAGUCUGAGGUAUUCGGUAUGGAUUGUGAUAAAGAAGAAAUUAUUAAGCUCUUGCUGUCAGAUGAUGCAAAUGAUAGACACUGGUCUGGAAUUUCCAUAGUGGGCAAUGGUAGGAUAGGGAAAACCACUCUUGCUAAGCUUGUUUACAACGAGCAGAGAGUAAGCCACCAUUUUGGCAGGAAGGCCUGGGUUGACGUUCCAGAUGAUUUCAACAGGGUGACAGAGUCAAUUUUGGAAUUCCUCACUUUGCAGAAUGGGGAUCUCGAGGAAGAGUAUGAUGAUCUCGACAGAUACAGAUUCCUAGGGUUGGAUCAACUUGGAUCUAAAUUGCAGAAUUGCCUUGAGCGGAAGAGAUUUCUACUUGUUCUUGAUGGUGCGAAACAGAUCCCUAGUCCUGAAGGAGGGUUGGCCUUACGAUCUGCUUUAAUAUAUGCCGCAAAUGGAAGUUGUAUUAUUUUAACAGCACGCAACGAAGAUAUUGCACGUUGUAUUAUUGUAACAGCACUCAACGAAGAUAUUGCACGAAUGAUGUAUGCUGUCGGUACUUUUCGUAUGGAGCCAUUAUCAGAGGAAAAAUGUUGGCCGAUAUUUGCAAAAUUUGCUUUUGGAGACCAAAACCUUACUUUAGAUACACAACUAGAAGUUAUUGGCAAAGAAAUUGUGCAGAUGUGUCACGGCUUACCUUCAUCAGUGAGAAUACUUGGGUCUCUCUUGCGCUUUAAGCUACAACAGGAGGAGUGGGAAGCUAUACUUAAGCGCCUGAAGCCUUCGUCGGAUUCAAGGGAAGAUUCAAGGGAAAAUGUUAACGCUGUCCCUAAUUUAAUACCUCCUGAAGAUCUAAAGCGAUGCCUUGCAUAUUGUUCCAUAUUUCCCCAAGAUUAUGAAAUUGAGAAGGAGAAGUUAAUCCUCUUAUGGAUGGCAGAAGGAUUCCUAUAUUCGCACCAGAAAACGAUGGAAGAGGCUAGUAGGAGCUUCGAUAAAUUGAAGUCUUUUUUUCAACAAUCAAGUGGCAAUGAAUCAAGUUUCCUGAUGUGUAUGAAUAACUUGGCUGCUUAUAAUGUGUCUACGAGGUAUUGUUUCAGAUUGGAGGAUAGUCAUCCUUCUCAAAUCCCUUUAAAUACUCGGUAUUUGUCACUUGUUGGUGGCAAAUAUGAAAAUUCAGUGAUAUUUGAGGCCAUAGAUAGAGCCAAACUUUUAAGGACCUUUUUGCUACUUGAUCAUGAAUCACGUCAGUUAUGUGCUACUGAACUGCAGAAUUUGUUGUCCAAACUGCAAUUUUUACGAGUGCUAUCUUUAUCUCAUUACCAUAUCACUGAGAUACCUGAUUCAAUUAGCAAUUUGGUGCAUUUACGGUACAUUGAUCUCUCUCACACUCCAAUUAAGAGAUUACCUGAAUCGGUCUGUGAACUCUACAAUUUACAAUCAUUGAUAUUGUCGAAUUGUCAUUCUCUUACUGAAUUGCCAGAAAACACGUCAAAUUUUGUGAAUUUGCUUAAUCUUGAUGUUAGUGGAACUGGUUUAAGUGAGAUGCCAAAAGGAAUGCAUAAAUUAAGAAAACUCGAAUUACUGCCUUGCUUUGUUGUGGGCAAAAAAGGUGGCUCCGCUCUUAAAGAGUUAUGUUAUUCUGAAAUCAAACUUCGUGGAACACUACGCAUUUUGAAGUUGCAAAACGAGACCUAUGAGGCUGGUGCAGAUGAUAUCGCGUGGGGACUGGUUGGUCUUGAAGAGCUCGUGUUGGAAUGGGAUGAAAAUACUGCUGAUCCAGAAAAUGCUAGAAAGGUGCUUGCAGGGCUAAGACCUAGUUAUACUAGGUUGAAGAGGCUUACCAUUAGUUUUUACUGUGGUCCAAAAUUUCCAGAGUGGUUUGAUGGUUCGAAGACAUUCUGCAUGGUUUUCCUACGUCUUAGCAAUUGCAAGAGUUGCUCAACCUUGCCAUCACUCGGGAAACUACCAAAACUUAGAGUCCUCAUUAUUGAAUGCAUGGAUGCAGUGAAGGAGGUGGGUCCUGAUUUCAGUGCGGAGACAUCGACGUGGAAGAAUACGGAAUUUAAGUCUUUGGAGAGGCUAACAUUUGAGGGGAUGUCAAAAUGGACAAAGUGGGUUCCAUUGAAUGUGCUCCCUUGCCUGCAACAGCUUUGUAUACGGAGAUGCCCCAAGCUGAGGGGGAACUUGCCCAAGGAACUUCCUUUAGUAGAAAGAGUUGAGAUUUCUGAAUCUCAGGAGCUUGUGACUGCACUUACAACAGAAGAAUCAUUGAAAAAUUUACUUUAUCGUGACAGGAUUGUGUCCAUAAGUUGUGACGGCAAAGAGACUUAG